AUGCCAGAGCUUUUAAUACAGUCAUGCUGUCUGCUGCAUGCACCCGCAGUUCACCUUGAUCCACAUAACGGCUUGUUACAGUGUGUAACUGUUGUCAGCAAUUUUCCACGAAGAGACUCGAAACGCUGUUUAAUAUGCCUUUUUUUCAGAAGCUGCUUCGGAUUGGGUCGUGUUUCGGUUACAGUGUGGUAUUUAGGAUCGAAUAGUAGGAAACGGAAGUUCUGGCCGAAAGACCGAGGUGAAUACUGUCGGUUUGUGUUGUACAAAGAAAACCGUGAUACCCCUGAAGCAGUGUCGAUCGUCGCCCUGAAGCCUGCAAAUAUCUCUGUCGCGGGCAACAAAGACCGCAGAGCAGUGACGUCGCAAUUAGCGACCGUCUACAGAACUGAUGCUAGCGAUUUGGCAGCUCUUAACCGUAGGAAUAUAAUGGUCGACGAUGCACACGUGAGCAAAUGUAUCGAGGCUUGGAAAGAGAACGGCUUCAUAAAUUAUUAUGGGUGCCAGCGUUUUGGUACCGGGGAUGUGCGCACCUUCGAAAUAGGAAAGUAUCGGAUUCUGCUGCAACAUAAAAUAAACUCGCGCAAUCUCUAUUUGCAUAGUUAUCAGAGCUACCUCUGGAAUAUCGCCGUUUCUCGGCGCCUCCAGAAAUAUGGCAAAAGCGUUAUGAUUGGUGAUCUAGUUAUGAAGAACGACAGUAAGUAUAUCAUUGAUUUUUUUGUUGAUCCCAGACUGAGUGAGACAACUGAAUUAUAA